CCACACCAUGAGGCCUACUACCCCUCUCCUAGGACCGCUCUCGCGGGCCUCGGGAAAGCGGACUGGAGAAGGUGGAGGUUAGGUGUCUGGAGGAGGGUUGCUGAGCCCCAGGACGCGCUACCGCCGCGGAGAAGUGCCCGUACGCUUGGGCGGGAGCGCCGUGUGUGGUCCUUCGCGCAGCCAGGAGCCCCAAUUUUUAAAAAAAUGCUGCUGUGAAGACAUAAUUAUAUCUCUCACACAAAUGAAGCCUAUUAUGAUUUAGUGCCCCCAAAAGGAAGAACUUCAGUGGACAAGAAAGGGUAUUUCUGGGAAUAGUAGAAUGCUUGAGACCUGAGUUUAAGCUUGAGAUAUUGCCUGAAGAUAUGGUGAGAUCAACAUAUCAGGAGAUGACUGCCACUGAAAAUUAAGAUAGUUUAUCACUCACAGUUCCAGAGAGGAGGGGAGGCAUGCCACAUAAGACCGCACAAGAGAAAAUCAAGCUAUUAAAUAAUAGAAGAUGGAAUUGAAUAUAUCGGGAUGGAAGAGUCUAAUGAUUCAUUAAGAGUCAACCAUAAUGAUUCUGAAGAAUCAAAAAACGAUUCUCAGGUAUUUGAGCAUCUAACCUGUAUGGACUCCAGGGAUCCUUCCUUUGGACAAAAUGGUUCUCCUAGAAUUUUACCCAUCACCUCUCAUGAAGUAGAUAAUUCACUCACAUCACAGAAUAUACCAGGGGCCCUGACUCAGACACAGACUCUUUCUACAGAACAGUUUCAUCUAGUGGACCAAAAUGGGCAACCUAUUCAAUAUGAACUUCAGUCAUUGGGGAAUUCUAAUGAACAAAUGAUGAUUGUUCCCAGCCCAUCAGAAAAUGGACAGGUGCUGCAUGUAAUUCCAUCUAACCAGACAGGAAUGGCACAAGUGAUUAUUCCUCAGGGGCAGCUUGUGGAUGUGAAUAGUCCUCGAGAUGUCUCUGAAGAGAAACCCAGUGACAGAAACUUGGCAACCGUAAGAAUGGAUCUUCUAGUGGACAAUGCUAGUAAUUAUACUCUUCAUCCACAACCAUCCCUCACAUUGCCCAAAAAGACUGUGGCCAGAAUGCUUGAAGAACCAUUUCUGGCUCCACUCCAGCCACUUUCUUCUAAUACACCUAUGUGGGCCUGCCGUCUUAGGAGCUGUGAGAAAAUUGGAGAUUCUUACCGUGGCUACUGUGUAAGUGAGACUGAAUUAGAAAGUGUCCUAACAUUUCACAAGCAGCAGACUCAGAGUGUUUGGGGGACCCGCCAAUCUCCAAGCCCAGCCAAGCCGGCUACACGCUUGAUGUGGAAAUCUCAGUAUGUUCCGUAUGAUGGAAUUCCAUUUGUCAAUGCAGGGAGUAGAGCCGUGGUAAUGGAGUGUCAGUAUGGGCCAAGGAGAAAAGGUUUCCAGUUAAAAAAAAUCAAUGAACAGGAAAGCAGGUCUUGUCAGCUCUACAAAGCCACUUGUCCAGCCCGGUAAGCUUUAUUUUCUUUUUAUUUCCUUUUUUUAAAUAUUUAAUUUUUGAUAGCUAAUAUGCACAUUUCUAUUAAGUUUAAACAGUGCCA